CUUCUGGGCUUCUGACGUUGACGGUAUGUGUAAAUCUGAUUUGUUGGCAGCGAGCUGGGCGUCCGAGAGGAUUACACCAAAUAUAUAAAAAAAAUAGACGGCAACUAAAACUCUCGCCCCGAAAAAUGACCAUUCAGAUCGUAUCCAGACUGCAGCUAAUGAGUAACCCACGCCUUGUCCUAGUUGAUAAGUAGCUUUUGGAGAAAAACAUCUGCCAGUAUUUGCUCAGGAAAACAGCGGACUCUAAGCGAGCAACGAUUAUAUGGAUUUACCAUCUGCUCGAAAAGCGAGAACAUAAUACGUUUUGGGGAGACAACUCAGCGGCAACAAGAGGAUGAAAUGAGAAAGAGAAAAAAAGUAUUCAGCUUGAAGUUGGAAUACAACCCAAUUGGACGGAUAUUGUUUAUGUUGCUCUUACAAUUGAUUCGGGAAACACUGAAAAAGUCUAAAAAGACUGGGAAACACACAGGCAGUUUACCAGUAUGCUAUGAGAUUCUAACCCUGUCCCUGAAGAAGAAGAUGGCUGCAGAACUGUACCCUGCGACCACCAAUCUAACCAACAACGGUACUACGGUGACCGCCAGUGACAAGAAAAGCGAUGUGCAGGUCACCCAGUCAACAACCACUGCAACAACACCGACCACCCAGCAAAACAUAAACAACAACAACGUCGAUCCUCCCAGCUGGCAGUCCUCUCACCCCACGCUACGGGAGAGGAAUGCCUUGAUGUUCAACAAUGAACUCAUGGCCGAUAUACAUUUAAUUGUUGGUCCCCCUGGUGAAUCUCAGAAAGUACCAGUGCACAAGUAUGUGUUGGCAGUGGGUAGCUCCGUCUUCUGUGCCAUGUUUUACGGGGAUCUUGCAGAGGAGGAGUCCGAAAUCCAUAUCCCAGACGUGGAACCUGCUGCCUUUCUAAUUCUGCUGAAUUACAUGUACAGUGAUGCGAUAGACCUGGAGGCGGACACCGUGCUGGCUACCCUGUACGCUGCCAAGAAGUACAUUGUACCAGCCCUGGCCAAGGCCUGCGUCACCUUCCUGGAGACCAGCCUGGAGGCCAAGAACGCCUGUGUGCUGCUGUCCCAGAGCCGUCUGUUUGAGGAGCCUGAGCUGACACAGCGCUGCUGGGAGGUGAUUGACGCCCAGGCCGAGCUGGCCCUGGGCUCCGAGGGCUUCUGUGAGAUCGACCUGCAGACCCUGAAGAUCAUCCUGCAGAGAGAGACUCUCAACACCAAGGAGGUGGUGGUCUUUGAUGCCAUGAUGAGCUGGGCCACAGCUGAGUGUAAGAGGCAAGGACUGAGGGCAACCACCCACAACAAGAGAUCUGUCCUGGGCAAGGCACUCUACCUGGUGCGCAUCCCCACUAUGACCCUGGAGGAGUUUGCUGAUGGGGCGGCCCAGUCAGACAUCUUGACACUGGAGGAGACGCAUGACAUUUUCCUGUGGUACACAGCGGCCACCAAGCCCAAACUGGACUUCCCACUGGCACAGAGGCAAGGCCUGGCGCCCCAGAGGUGCCACCGCUUCCAGUCGUCAGCCUACCGGAGCAACCAGUGGCGCUACAGGGGCCGCUGUGACAGCAUCCAGUUUGCAGUGGACAAGCGGAUCUUUAUCGCUGGACUGGGUCUGUACGGGUCAAGUGGCGGAAAGGCUGAGUACAGUGUCAAGAUUGAACUGAAGCGGCAAGGGGUGACCCUAGCACAGAACCUGACCAAGUUUGUGUCGGAUGGAUCAAGCAGUACAUUUUCUGUGUGGUUUGAACACCCAGUUCAAGUGGAGCAGGAUGCUUUUUAUACGGUGAGUGUCGUGCUGGACGGGAAUGAGCUGAGCUAUUUUGGCCAGGAGGGCAUGACGGAGGUGCAGUGUGGAAAAGUGACUUUUCAGUUCCAGUGCUCCUCGGACAGUACCAACGGGACUGGGGUGCAGGGGGGACAGAUCCCGGAGCUGGUGUUCUAUGCAUAAGCUGGAUUGGUCAUAAAAGGAGAGAACAUAUAGACCAUACUGUACAUCCAUAUGUUGCAGCCUUAUAAAUAAUGUAGCAUUAAGACACUAGUGUCAGACUAAACAAAAUACUAUUUUUAAGUCAAGGAACGUUUUAUCUUAUUUAUUUAAAAUAAAAAUGUUAUUUGUAUUAUUUUAAUUAACGCUGCAAAAAGCAGUCCCUUGUAAAAAGUAAUAUUGCACUUGUGGACAGUCUCUGCAAUGUUGUUUUGUACAUAAAACACAGUUAAAUGGUUUGCAGCUUGAUGCUGAUCAACCAUGAUGUUCCUGUUUGAGAGCUUACGAACCUGCAGAAAAUCAUAAACAUUUUGUGAGAAGCCA